UAUAGCAUCUACCAACUAUAGUAUGAAACUAAUAUCAAAUUUAGUUUCGGGUACUAUUUUAUACCACCUCUUGUAUGAUAUAAAAUACUUGAGAAUUAUAAUUUUGAGAUAAUUUAAUUUACGUACCAAACAACCCGAAUCUAAAGUCAAAACAGGACAUAUUAGGAAAGUAGUUACUCAAAAUGUAACUGCUGACAGCAUUGAUUGACAGUGACAACAUUUUACUAUUUCCUCGGAUAUCACCUGUUCUUGUCUUACUCACAUCCUCAUCCUAGUUAAGGGAUUUUUGUGUUAUAUAUUGUUUGUAUUCAUUGACCUUUUUUUUUUUAGCAUUUGAUUGAUUUGAUUAGAGGGAAAGAGGGGUUGAUCAAUCUUGGAAUUUUUUGAGUUUGCCUUUAAAGUGUGUGAUUAAUUGCUUGAAUGAAAUUUGUGUUAAAUUUGAAUUUGUUGAACCAUGAAGUGUUUGAUUGAUUUUGUUGGAGGGAAAGGGUGUUGAUCAAUUUUGGAAUUUGGUGGCAGCUCAGGUAGUUUGGUUUUGUCUAUAAACUGUUUGAUUGAAUGCUUGAAUGAAAUUCUAAGGAGUGUUAGUGUUUGAUUGAUUUUGUUGGAGGGAAAGUGUGCUGAACAAUCUUGGAAUUUUGUGGCAGUUCAGGUAGUUUGGUUUUGUUUGAAAGCUGUUUGAUUGAAUGCUUGAAUGAAAUUUGUAUUACAUCCUAUUCGUCGACUGUUUUAAGUGUUGGAUUGAUUGAUUGCUUGAUUGCUUGAAUGAGCUUUUGAGGAGGUUAUGGAUAAGGAGAGAGUGGAUGUUCAUGAGACAGUGAUCACUAUAAGAUUGGAUGAAGAUGAAGAAGCUGAAAAAUCAAGAAUUUGUGGGGAAGAGGGAGGUUCGGAUGUGAAGGGAAAUGGGACGGAAGGGAACGAGGUGAAAGUGAAGGAUUUGAAGGGAAAUGGUUCGGGAGGGAACGACGUGAAAGUGAGCGAUAUGAAGGGAAAUGGGCCAGGAGGGAACGAGGUGAAAGUGAAUGAUUUGAAGGGAAAUGGGUCGGGAGGGAAUGAGGUGAAAGUGAACGAUUUGAAGGGAAAUGGGCCGGGAGGGAAUGAUGUGAAUGUGAAGGAUUUGAAGAAAAGUAAUGAUUUUUCGAUUGUAAUCGAUGUGAAGUGUGAUGGCGGUGACAGGAAAAUGGGAGAGAAUUUGGAAGGAGAAUGUCAAAGGGUGUGUAGAAUUUGUCAUUUGACUACAUAUGACGCUGAAAAGUGUUCGGUGGAUUUGAUUGAGCUUGGCUGUGGAUGUAAAGGAGAGCUUGGAUUUGUACAUUCUCGCUGUUCCGAGGCUUGGUUUAAGCUAAAAGGAAACAGAGUGUGUGAAAUUUGCGGGGAGGUAGCACAAAGUGUUACUGGAGUCAGCAAUAACCGAUUUAUUGAAGAGUGGAAUGAUGCAAGAUCUACUGCAACCGGUACUGAUUCAACCGAAACGACUAGAGGUUGGUGGCGUGGUCAGCCGUUCUGUAACUUCUUAAUGGCGUGCCUGGUAAUAUCAUUCAUGUUGCCAUGGUUUUUCCGCGUAAAUAUGUUUUGAUGAGGUAAAGAGGGUACAUAUUUACUUCCGCAUUAAAGUAAAUGUAGAUACCAAUGCUAUGUUCGUUAAGCUAAGUUGCUCGGUUUCUCCAAAAGUGCUGCCGCACCCGUGCCGGAUCCUUACAAAAUGCACUACUUUUGAAGGAUCCGACACCCACCCGAUGAUAUUUUUGAAAAGUCCGAGCAACAUAGGUGUUCAGUACUCACAGCCAAAAAAAAGGGGCAGCCUGGUGCACUAAAGCUACUGCUAUACACGGUGUCCGGGGAAGGGCCCCACCACUAGAGUGUAUUGUAUGCAACCUUACCUUACAUUUCUGUCAGAGACUGGAACCCGUGACCUCCUGGUCACAGCCAACUUUAAUUUUUGUCACAUCUGCAUUGUUUAGCUUAAUUUGGGCAAAAUUCUUGUUGACCUGAGAAUAUUUUGGAUACUAAAUGUAGAAGGGCCAAUACUAUUAGCUAAAUAUAGCCUUUGGCUGUAUUAAAGUUUCAACAUAUGUUGUAAAUUUCUUCUUUUGCAUUAUUAUGGUUUUCAUAUUGUAGUGGGUAAUUUUAUGUACAAAUAACAUAAACAUACACCUUAACUUAUCAUAUUUACACAAAUUUCACCAUUACAAAGUAAUUAUAAAAAUUCCAACUAAUUUUGUAUCUUCGUUGGAUGUAUCAGGAUCUAAUUAUGUAUCUUGACAGAUCCGAAAUCAAAAAAAUGUAUCGGGAGCUAAUUAUACAUAAGAAAAAUUGUAUUUUUGUUGGAUGUAUCAAGAGUUAAUUAUACAGAUCCACAAUCGGGAUUUUAGUAAUUAUGCAAAUGUUUUGGAAUUUUCUGUAAUUAAGCUUCGAACUUUGAGAUUUAUGUUGUUUGCCCUAAGUUUUAUUAAUGUGAGAUAAUCUUCUGGCCC